GUCGGCCGUGCUCGGGGUGUGGGUCAGGUGUCCCGGAGCUGCCGGGGUCGGAGGUGAAGGGGCGGAGGUCGAUUCGCGUCUGGGAAGAGUCCCGGUUCGGGCGGGCCCUGCGUGAACGCCCCUCGGCUCCUCUCGGCCCGCUAGGCCUGCGCUGCAGCUGCCGCUGGUCCUUCGGGCUCCGCCACUGGUAUUUCUGGAAACUCUCGGCGGGCUUGGAGGAGCACUUCUUCGGAGGCGGGGUCCUUGGGGAGGAUUGAAGAAAAGCCGCUUGCUUCUCUGUGGAGUUGGCGUUCUGAGGCAUAUGAGAAAGACAUGAUUUCCACUCCACUUCCACAACACAUCUAAGUUUUAUCUUCUUUUUGGAUCUGUAUCUUAUGCCGCAAUGCAGCAAGCUCUGGAGCAAGCUUUGGAUCGUGCGGAGUAUAUUGUUGAAAGUGCGCGGCAGAGACCUCCUAGAAGGAAAUACCUAUCUAGUGGAAGAAAAUCUAUAUUCCAAAAACUGUAUGACUUGUAUGUUGAAGAAUGUGAAAAAGAACCUGAGGUUAAGCAGAAAUUAAGACGAAAUGUGAACUUGUUAGAGAAGCUUGUUAUGCAAGAAACUUUGUCAUGUUUAGUGGUCAAUCUGUAUCCAGGAAAUGAAGGGUAUUCUUUGAUGCUCAGGGGGAAAAAUGGAUCAGAUUCUGAGACCAUUCGAUUGCCUUAUGAAGAAGGAGAAUUGCUUGAAUACUUAGAUGCAGAAGAAUUACCUCCUAUUUUGGUUGAUCUCCUUGAAAAAUCACAGGUUAAUAUUUUUCAUUGUGGAUGUGUGAUAGCAGAAAUACGUGACUAUAGGCAGUCCAGUAAUAUGAAGUCUCCUGGUUACCAGAGCAGGCACAUUCUCUUACGUCCAACAAUGCAGACUUUAGUUUGUGAUGUUCAUUCUAUAACAAGUGACAACCAUAAAUGGACCCAGGAAGACAAACUUUUGCUUGAGAGCCAACUGAUUCUAGCUACAGCAGAACCACUGUGUCUUGACCCGUCUGUGGCAGUAGCUUGUACCGCAAAUAGGCUGCUCUAUAACCGGCAAAAAAUGAACACUCGCCCAAUGAAACGGUGUUUAAAGAGGUAUUCCAGGUCUUCCCUGAACCGGCAGCAGGACCUGUCUCAUUGUCCUACUCCUCCUCAGCUGAGAUUACUUGAUUUCUUACAAAAGCGGAAGGAAAGGAAAGCAGGUCAGCAUUAUGACCUCAAGAUCUCUAAAGCAGGAAAUUGUGUGGACAUGUGGAAACGGAGCCCCUGUAACCUGGCUGUGCCUUCUGAAGUAGACGUGGAGAAAUAUGCUAAAGUGGAAAAAUCCAUCAAAUCUGAUGACUCUCAACCAACAGUCUGGCCGGCCCAUGAUGUAAAAGAUGAUUAUGUAUUUGAAUGUGAAGGUGGUACUCAGUAUCAGAAAACAAAACUGACCAUCUUGCAGUCUCUUGGUGAUCCACUCUACUAUGGUAAAAUACAGCCAUGGAAAGCAGAUGAAGAAAAUGACAGUCAGAUGUCUCCAUCCCACUCCUCUGCAGAUGAUCAUUCAAAUUGGUUCAUCAUUGGGUCCAAGACUGAUGCAGAGAGGGUAGUCAAUCAGUACCAGGAGUUGGUCCAGAAUGAAGCCAAAUGCCCAGUGAAGAUGUCACAUAGCUCUAGUGGUUCAGCCAAUCUCAGUCCAGGAGAGGAGACAGAGCAGCCCGAGACUGUGUCUGUUCAGUCUUCAGUUUUGGGGAAGGGAGUAAAACAUCGACCCCCACCCAUCAAACUUCCCUCAAGCUCAGGAAAUAGUUCCUCAGGUAACUAUUUUACAGCACAACAGGCCAGCAGCUUCCUUAAAUCUCCAACUCCUCCUCCAUCAUCUAAGCCAAGUCUCUCUCGAAAAUCAUCUGUGGAGCUCAGUCAAGUCAGCAUGCUUUCUCCUGCCACCCUGUCACCUGCCAGUUCUUCACAGAGAUCUGGAACUCCUAAGCCAUCUACUCCUACACCAACCCCUUCAUCGGCCCCACACCCUCCUGAUGCUCAGAACUCAACUCCUAGUACCCCUUCAGCCACCCCAUCUCCCCAAGAUUCAGGCUUCACCCCUCAGCCCACUUUGUUCACUCAGUUUGCUCAGCAGCAAAGGGCUCUGAGCCAGGCAAUGCCUGUGACAACCAUUCCUCUUUCCACCAUGGUAACAUCUAUAACAACAGGAAGCACGGUCUCCCCGAUCAUGGCCGACUCUGCUGGGCUUAACUCCGUCAGUGUAGUGAGCUCUGCUGGUGGAGCCCAGGCUCUGAAGAGUGCCUCAAACUCCAUGCUGGGCUGUGACACUGGCACCAUAACUCCUGCAGGAAAAAGCCUGGGCAGCGACCUUCUUCCCUCAGGAUGUCUCUUAAGUAAUGCAUUGCCCAGCGCAUUGCCCACAACUUCUCAGACAGGUAUCCCAUUUGGUUUAAAAAAUACUUCAAGUCUCAGGCCUUUAAAUCUACUCCAGCUUCCUGGUGGUUCACCGAUGUUUAACACUCAGCAGCAGCAGCAACAGCAGCAACAGCUCCCUCAGUUUGUACAACAGCCCCAACAGCAGCAGCUACAACUCUCUCAGUUUGUACAACAGCCUUCAGCUUCAAAUCCCCAGCAGUCAGAGGAGCAGGGAUCUGAACAAGUUUUAACUGCUCAAGAACAGGCCUUAACUGCUCAGCAAGCUGCUAUUAUUAAUCUUACUGCAGUAGGAGGCUUUCCACAGUCACAGGCAGCUGUCUUGUCUCAGCUUGGCUCUGCCGAGAACAGACCUGAACAAAGCCUUCCUCAGCAGAGACUCCAGCUCUCCUCUGCCUUACAGCAGCAGCAGCAGCAGCAGCAGCAACAGCAGAUUCAACAGUUGCGAUUCUUGCAACAUCAGAUGGCUAUGGCAGCAGCAGCCGCACAGACAGCCCAGCUACAUCGUCACCGGCAUACAGGUGGCCAGUCCAAGAGUAAAGUGAAGCGAGGCAUGCCAACCACUCCAAAAUUCUGAGCAAUUUUUCUUUCCUUUUGUCUUUUCUUUCUUGUUUUUUACAAACACAAGACCAUUGAAUGAAUUUCUGCUUCAUUUUCCUCCUAAGAUGUCAGUAUUUUACAUUGAUAGAUGGUGCAUAGUUUAUACAAAAGCACAACUCUGUGGUUCUUACAUGGAGACGUGGUUAAAUGUUUUUUUGUAUAUACCAUCUACAGAAAUAAUCUAAGAACUACUAGAGAUAUCUUCCAAAAGAAUGUAGUUUGGUAUUUAUUUAGUAUAAAAAGCCUGUGCACAGUGUAAUAAAUACAAUUUUUACAUCUGUUUUGCAA